AUGAAUUACAUAUUCAAAGACACGGAUGAUGUCUAUGAUAUACCCGAUGAGCGCCACUGUCUCGACGGUGAUGACGAUGACGACGGCGGCGGACAAGUCUGGCCAACAACAGCAGCGAUAAGCCGAUUGCGGGUCGAGUUGAUGGCCGUCAAGAGUCAACUGAACGAUAUACCACUUGACCGAUGGUCAGCUCAUACGGCACUGACGGACAAGUCAUCGCUGAUUAUACCAGCACUGCGUAGACAACUGUCACGUCAGCCGUUUCUACUGACCAAAGCCUGGCUGAAGAUGUAUGAAAUGCUUAGCGAAUUGAGACUAAUUGAGCGCCACUUAGGAGACGAAGACGAAGAAAGAAGUGGUCCUAAAGAUAGUAAAAGACAACGACGACAACAAUCACUUGAUGUACUAUUUCUCUGUGAAUGUCCCGGCGGUUUCGUUAAUGCCAUCAAUCACUACAUGAAAAGUCACGACUUAACGAGUGACCGACUUAACUACCGAUGGUUGGCCACUACAUUGAAUCCGUACUACGAAGACAUUGACUAUACUAUUGUUGACGACAGGUUUAUACGUCAGCCGAUGUCUUACCCGAACUGGUGGUUUGGACCCAAAAAUACUGGUAAUAUUUUGGACAAUGAUUUCGUUGAUGAUCUACGCCUGGAAAUGCAUAGGCGAGAGAUAGCGGCCAACGACGGCUUCAAUAUAGUCACAUGCGAUGGCAGUAUCAACUGUGUUGACUGUCCUGAACGUCAAGAGGAAGUAGUCCUACCAUUGGUAGCCAAAGAAGUGUUGACCGGAUUGACUGUUCUCGCCUCAGACGGUUCACUAAUCGUGAAACUGUUUACACUAUUUGAUUGUCAAACACAAUGUCUUCUCUAUCUUCUGUGCUGUGCCUUCCGUCGGCUACAUGUCUUCAAACCGACGGCCAGCAAAUCGGGUAACUCUGAACUCUACGUAAUUGGUUUGGGUUUCAAGUCUAGUCCUCGAUUGACGACAAUUGUCGGCAAACUUUUAGCUAACGAAUGUAAAUCUCGGCCAAUAUUUAAUAUGAAAUCAAUAUCCGACAGAUUUUUCGGUAAACUUGAAGACUGUAUCCGAUAUUUUGUUGACAAUCAGUGUCGAGAAACGGCAAAUAGUUAA